AAUAAUUUGUUAAGGUCCCCCGCCAGUACCAGCGAGCUCCGCUCAGCUUACCUCCGCAAAACAAUCGACCAGGCUUUUCACCCGAGAUGGAGGCAAGCGCUCUUCUUCCCUUCAUCGCUAACCCCUCAUCUUCCCCCGCAGUCGCCCUGGCAGGCGUCGUCGACUACCGCGGCUACCCUGCUUUCCGAUCCUCCUCCGGCAGGUGGACCGCCGCUCUCUUCAUCAUCUGGGUGGAGAUUGCGGAGAGGUUUGCAUAUUAUGGGAUUUUUUCCAACCUUAUUACCUAUCUCACUGGGUCGCUCCAGGAGUCCACGGCGGCGGCAGCAGCUGGUGUGAAUACAUUGGCGGGGGUAGCGAUGUUGCUGCCGCUUGCAGGCGCGUUCGUCGCUGAUUCGUAUCUGGGGCGUUACAGGACAAUUCUGUUUUCUUCUCUGCUCUAUAUUUUGGGCUUAGGUCUGCUGACCCUAUCCUCUGUGCUGCCUAGCCUUCGUCCACCCAAGUGUAUGAAUGAUGAUAAGGCAUGUAGUCCAAAUUAUUUCCAAACAGGCUUCUUCUACUUUGCUUUGUACCUUGUUGCAAUUGCUCAAGGUGGGCACAAGCCUUGCACAGAGGCAUUUGGUGCUGAUCAGUUUGAUGAGAAGGACCCUGAAGAAAGCAUCUCAAGAAGCUCAUUUUUUAACUGGUGGUAUUGUGGCUUAUGUUUUGGUGUGACUGUGACGACUAUAUUCUUGAACUACGUGCAAGAUAAUAUUAGCUGGGCUGUUGGAUAUGGGAUAUCAUUUAUUUCCAUGGGACUUGCUCUCAUCUUGUUCGUGCUUGGGACAAAGACAUACCGCUUCUACCAAUUGGAAGGUGAAAGUCCAUUCCUUAGAAUUGGGAAAACAUUGGUUGCUCUACUUAAAAGUUGGAUGGGCUCCUCUCAUGCAUCAUCUGAUGGAGGACUUGAUCGUACGAAGCUUGUGAAAGAUGCAGCAGCAAAUGAUAUCCAAAUAGAAGAAGCUAGAGGAGUGCUUCAGUUGGUACCAAUAUGGGCGGCAUGCUUAACAUAUGCUGUAGUAUAUGCGCAGUCAGCAACCUUUUUCACCCAACAAGGGAGCACCCUGGACCGUAGAAUUGGUUCAAACUUCAAAGUUCCACCUGCAGCCUUGCAGAGCUUCAUCAGCAUCACCAUUGUCGCUUUCAUUCCAAUUUAUGAUCAAAUCCUAGUUCCGGUGUCCAGAAAAUUUUCUAGCAUUCCUACUGGAAUCACACAGCUCCAACGGAUAGGCAUUGGAAUGUUCUUCUCAGUAAUAUCCAUGGUAUUAGCAGCUCUAGUUGAAAUCAAAAGAUUGAAAACUGCAAAAGACCAUGGAUUGAUUGAUCUACCAAAGAUGACCAUUCCGAUGAGUCUGUGGUGGUUGGUUCCUCAAUACCUUCUUUAUGGCAUUACGGAGGUGUUUGUUACGGUGGGCUUACAGGAAUUCUUCUACGAUCAAGUUCCUAAUGCAUUGAGGAGCCUUGGCCUGGCGCUCUGCAUGACCAUCUUUGGUGUUGGAUAUUUCAUCAGUAGCUUCCUCAUUUCUGUCAUUGAUAAGGCAACUAGUAAGGUUGGAGAGAGUUGGUUUUCUGAUAAUCUGAACCGUGCGCAUCUUGAUUAUUUCUACUGGCUUCUUGGUUCUCUCAACGCUGUAGGACUGAUCACCUACCUCUACUUUGCGCGAUCUUAUGUAUACAAGAAGAAAAAAAAUGCUGCUGUUUUGAGCCCUCCGGAAAACGAUCGACUUGGCUUUUCAUCCGGCAUGGACUCAUGCCCGGUUCUUCCCUUCAUCUCUACCCCCGCAGUCGCCCUGGUAGGCGUCGUCGACUACCGCGGCUACCCCGCUUUCCGAUCCUCCUCGGGCAGGUGGACGGCCGCUCUCUUCAUCAUCUGGGUGGAGAUUGCGGAGAGGUUUGCAUAUUAUGGGAUUUCUUCCAACCUUAUUACCUAUCUCACUGGGCCGCUCCAGGAGUCGACGGCGGCGGCAGCAGCUGGUGUGAAUACUUGGGCCGGGGUAGCGAUGAUGCUGCCGCUUGCAGGCGCGUUCGUCGCUGAUUCGUAUCUUGGUCGUUACAGGACCAUUCUGUUCUCUUCUCUGCUCUAUAUUUUGGGCUUAGGUCUGCUGACCCUAUCCUCUGUGCUGCCUAGCCUUCGUCCACCCAAGUGUAUGAAUGAUGAUAAGGCAUGUAGUCCAAAUUAUUUCCAAACAGGCUUCUUCUACUUUGCUUUGUACCUUGUUGCAAUUGCUCAAGGUGGGCACAAGCCUUGCACAGAGGCAUUUGGUGCUGAUCAGUUUGAUGAGAAGGACCCUGAAGAAAGCAUCUCAAGAAGCUCAUUUUUUAACUGGUGGUAUUGUGGCUUAUGUUUUGGUGUGACUGUGACGACUAUAUUCUUGAACUACGUGCAAGAUAAUAUUAGCUGGGCUGUUGGAUAUGGGAUAUCAUUUAUUUCCAUGGGACUUGCUCUCAUCUUGUUCGUGCUUGGGACAAAGACAUACCGCUUCUACCAAUUGGAAGGUGAAAGUCCAUUCCUUAGAAUUGGGAAAACAUUGGUUGCUCUACUUAAAAGUUGGAUGGUCUCCUCUCAUGCAUCAUCUGAUGAAGGAGGACUUGAUCGUACAAAGCUUGUGAAAGAUGAAGCAGCAGAUGACGCAGCAGCAAAUGAUAUCCAAAUAGAAGAAGCUAGAGGAGUGCUUCAGUUGGUACCAAUAUGGGCGGCAUGCUUAACAUAUGCCGUAGUAUUUGCACAGUCAUCAACUUUUUUCACCAAACAAGGGACCACCCUAGACCGUAGAAUUGGUUCAAACUUCAAAGUUCCACCUGCAGCCUUGCAGAGCUUCAUCAGCAUCACCAUUGUCGCUUUCAUUCCAAUUUAUGAUCAAAUCCUAGUUCCGGUGUCCAGAAAAUUUUCUAGCAUUCCUACUGGAAUCACACAGCUCCAACGGAUAGGCAUUGGAAUGUUCUUCUCAGUAAUAUCCAUGGUAUUAGCAGCUCUAGUUGAAAUCAAAAGAUUGAAAACUGCAAAAGACCAUGGAUUGAUUGAUCUACCAAAGAUGACCAUUCCGAUGAGUCUGUGGUGGUUGGUUCCUCAAUACCUUCUUUAUGGCAUUACGGAGGUGUUUGUUACGGUGGGCUUACAGGAAUUCUUCUACGAUCAAGUUCCUAAUGCAUUGAGGAGCCUUGGCCUGGCGCUCUACAUGACCAUUUUUGGUAUUGGAAAUUUCAUCAGUAGCUUUCUCAUAGCUGUCAUUGAUAAGGCAACUAGUAAGGCUGGAGAAAGUUGGUUUUCUGAUAAUCUGAACCGUGCGCAUCUUGAUUAUUUCUACUGGCUUCUUGGUUGUCUCAACGCUGUAGGACUGAUCAUCUAUCUCUACUUAGCGCGGUCUUAUGUUUACAAAAAGAAACAAAAUGCUGCAGUUUUGAAUUAAGGUAAUUCCUAAGGACUUUGUUGGUUGCAUGUAAAUAGACUGUUUUUAGAAUUGAUAUAGUUGCAUUUCUUUAGUUUGAGUCUUAAAUAAACUCAUGAUAUUAAUGGAGGUUGAGCAUGGAGGUAUUAACGAUGUAUGAGCUUCUGUAUUUUGUAUUGAAUUUUGUAUAUUAAUGGUACAAAUACAACAACAACAAAGCCUUAAUCCUAUCACGUGGGGUUGGC